UUAAAGACUUUAUUUCCCUAUUUUCUCCUUGAGUUGUACAUUUUCCUUCUUUCUUUUUCCCUUGUAAAUAAGCCUUUUAUUAACCUUUUGUGUAUGCCUGUAGUGGAGUAUUAAUAAGUCCCUUUUAAGCGCGCGGGUGAGGACCCACAGCCAGGCACCCCGUUCAAUAUUGGGGCUGCCCUAUAACAUUAUCACGAGUCUUUUGAGGUGAUGAGAUCGUGUAGGGGUGUUUAGGUAGUAAGGAUGGUGCUCCCUGGCUGCCGGCGUGAGGGCGCGAGGCGGAGGCUCAGCCCCUCCCGGCGUCCCGGGACCAGAGGGAACCUGCGCGGGGUCAGUACUGAAAGGUGACAGCCAGGCUUCUUUCUGGCUGGGAGGACGGUGACCUGGGAAUGCUUUCUGCGAUUUAAUUGCUGAUUUGCUCAAUCCUAGAAUAAACAUAGAAUAAUUCCAGAAUUGCUAAUUCGUAUCUUCCUGAAAUGAGAAUUCACCAAGUAGAGGACAAUAUUUGGGUGGAGGUCUUUUCGACUUUAGUCAAAAUACUGUUUUCUAAAAUUACUAUGUUCUUUUCCAAUUCUUCAGUGUGGUUUUGUUCAGCAAUUGUAGUAUAGUUAGGCUCAGUUGCUGUUGUUUGUACUCCUUUUUGGGUUGUCAGCCCCACCCUCUCCCGCUUGGUUGAUUUUCUGUGUGUGUGUAUAGUAUUUUAAUGUGGAUAUGUGCAACUUUAGUAUGGUUUGGCAAGUCAGAAGAAGGUGUUAAUUCCUCUCAUCCCUUCUACCUGUUUUCUUCCAACUUAUUUCUUUUUCUGGGUUCCUUUCACCCUGUUUAAGGAGGCAACAAUUCUCCUUAAUUUUUGGUUUAUCCUUUCUCUUUUUGCGCAAAUGACCAGAUAUACAUAAAUUUUUGUAAACUCUCCCCUCUCCCCUUUUUUUAAACACCAAAGGUAGCAUACUGCCUUUUGCACUUUGCUCUUUUCAUUGGACAGUGUAUUCUGGAAGCCACCCCAUAUCAUACAGAUAGGUAUACAUAUUUAAAUAUCAUUAAUUAUACAGAAACUGCAUCUAGCAUGUCAUUUAAGAAGCUUAGUAGUGAAACAGCAUCAGUGAACACACCACCCCAUUAAGACGGGGAACAUUGCCAGUACUGCUGCUGUGUACUCCCCAACCCAACUCCCAGCUUCCCACCCCAGAGCUCCAGUUCAGCCCUUUUCUCAGAGGGAGGCCAGGGAAUGGCAGCCAUGCUUCUGACAGCCUGGCCCCAGAAGUCGGUGACCUUCGAGGACGUGGCUGUGUACUUCACCCAGACGGAGUGGGAUGGCCUGUCCCCUGAACAGAGGGCCCUGUACAGGGAUGUGAUGCUGGAGAAUUAUGGGAAUGUGGCCUCCCUGGGAUUUCCACUUCUCAAACCUGCUGUGAUUUCACAACUGGAGGGAGGUGAGCUUGGGGGCCCAUCUCCACUGGCUUCUGGAACAGGCACAGGCCCCCAACCCCUUUGGACAGUAAAUACUGAUAUCCAAACUGACAAUAAUUUGGCAAAGGAGAUGUAUGAAGAAAAAGAUAAUACAUCAUUUGAUCGUCAGAGGAACUUUUUCCAAGAAACAGACUUUUCAGAAGCUUGUAUUCUAGAGAAACAGCCGGAAGUCCACUCAGUAGGAAGUAGGAAAAAAGAAAACAAUAAUGUCAUUGAUAGAACAGUGAAAGAUAAGACAAACCUUAUGGAGCACUGUUUAAAUCAAAGUCCAAAUUUGCAUCACUGUCAUACUAUCUCCACUCAAGAGCAGCCCCCUAAGUGCACACGAUUGGAGGAAGCCUUCAACUUUGACACAAAACUUACUCAGUGUGAAAUAACCAAUACUGGGGAAAGGGCUUUCAAAUGUGAAGAAGAAACCUUUAAAUGUAAUAACUCUCAUCUUAAUCAACAUCAAGAUAGCUACACUGUGGAGAAGCUCUACCAGCGUCAGGAGUGUGGCAAAGCCUUUAGUGUUAAUGCGAAAUUAAUUUGGCAUCAAGGACUUCAUAGUGGAGAGAAACCCUUCAAAUGUGUGGAGUGUGGAAAAUGCUUCAGUUACAGUUCCCAUUACAUCACACAUCUGACAAUCCACAGUGGGGAGAAGCCCUAUCGGUGCAACGUGUGUGGGAAGGCCUUCAGUGUGAAUGGGAGUCUAAGUCGGCACCAGAGAAUCCACACAGGAGAGAAGCCCUAUCAGUGCAAAGAAUGUGGGAACGCCUUUAGUUGCAGCUCUGCAUAUCUCACACAUCAGAGAGUCCACACAGGGGAGAAACCUUAUGUGUGUAACUACUGUGGGAAAGCUUUCAAUGUCAACGCAAAGUUAAUUCAGCAUCAGAGAAUACACACUGGAGAGAAACCUUACGUGUGUCAUGAGUGUGGGAAAGGUUUCAGGUGCAGCUCCCAGCUUAGGCAGCAUCAGAGCAUCCACACUGGAGAGAAGCCCUAUCAGUGUGAGGAAUGUGGGAAAGCCUUCAGUAAUAAUGCAAAACUCACUCAGCAUCAGAGAACCCACACAGGUGAGAAACCUUAUGAGUGCACUGAAUGUGGAAAAGCUUUCAGUGUCAAAGGGAAGUUAAACCAGCACCAGAGAAUCCACACAGGUGAAAAACCCUAUAAGUGUAAUGAAUGUGGAAAAGCCUUCCGGUGUAAUUCCCAGCUUCGGCAGCAUCUGAGAAUCCACACUGGGGAGAAGCCCUAUGAGUGUAAUGAGUGCGGAAAGGCCUUCAGUGUUAACGCAAAACUAUUGCAGCAUCGGAGGAGUCACACGGGGGAGAAGCCCUUUGCGUGUAACGAGUGUGGGAAAUGCUUUACUUCUAAAAGAAACCUUCUGGACCACCACCGAAGCCACACUGGAGAAAAACCUUAUCAGUGUAAGGAAUGUGGGAAAGCCUUCAGCAUCAAUGCCAAGCUAACUCGGCAUCAGAGAAUACACACCAGGGAGAAGCCUUUCAAGUGCAUAGAGUGUGAGAAAGCAUUUAGCUGUAGUUCUGACUACAUCGUACAUCAGAGAAUACAUACUGGAGAGAAGCCCUUUCAGUGUAAGGAGUGUGGGAAAGCCUUCCAUGUGAAUGCCCAUUUAAUUCGGCAUCAGAGAAGCCAUACUGGAGAGAAACCUUUCAGGUGUGUGGAGUGUGGCAAAGGCUUCAGCUAUAGCUCUGACUGUAUUAUACAUCAGACGGUCCAUACGUGGAAGAAACCCUAUGUGUGUAAUGUGUGCGGGAAGGCCUUCAGGUUUAAUUUCCAACUUAGUCAGCAUCAAAGUGGCCAUACUGCAGGAAAACCCUAAUAAUUGGAAGGAUGUGGAAAAGUCAAGUUUAAUGCUGAAUUGGAUCAUCAGAUUCACCUUAACAGAUCCCUGAGAGGGAAAUCUACAUGGUAGAACUUUCCCAUGGAAAGAAAUCCUUUCCAUUUUAUUUAAUUUUAAAUCAACAAUGAAGAGCAGUUGAAAAGUUAACAUAUCAAAAUUGUUUUGUACCAACAACCAGAUGGAGAAUAUAAUGAAAAAAUAUCCCAUCCUCAAUGGCAUGAAGGAAAAUAGAUUUUCUAAAAAUAAAUUUUAUGUGGGACAUCUUGGGGAAAGUUUACAAAUCUCUACUGAACAAAUCUCUACUGAGGACCACAGAUGGAAACUUGAAUAAAUGGGGAAGAGAGAGAAACCUUGUUCUUGCAUAGGAAAACUCAUAAAGAUGUUCUGUACCUAAGUUAAUUUAUUUGCCUUUCAUUUUUGACAAUAAGCAUGCAUUGCUUUUGCAGUGAAGAAAAACUAAUAAAGAUUUCCUUUAAAAAGAUGAUUGAAUGUUUUCAUGGAAUGGAGAAAAUCUUUCUAAGCAUCAUAAUAGCCAGAAACCCACCAUAAGGAAAAUAUUGAUGAAUUGACUUUUGAAAAUUAAAUGUUUUUUGUUUUAAUUAAUCCCAAACAAGGUUUUUAAAAGCACCAAAAGUGGAAAUAACCUUUGUAGAAUUUGUGAAAUAAAAGUGCAGUAUUUCACAUACUGAUGACUGAGAUGUUCCGUCUCGAUUGUAUUCUGAAGAGUGAAUAUAAAAGGAAGCUCUCAAACCUCUCUUGGACAGAUGUAAGAUCUGCACACAGACGUAAACACACACAGGCCCUGCAACUACAAAGUUUACCCCACAGACACCCCCUCCCCCAACAUAUACAGGUUCACAUAGAGCCACAGGCCACCCCCUACCUACCCAGACAUCUCUGAUCCUGCACUAUAACUUGUGCCAGUGUCAGCUGGGAGUGCUGCCUUGAGUACCGCUAAGUUUCCAUUCCUAAUGGCGUGGCAUUAGGACCUCAGCAGAGCGUCCCAGGGAUGAUGACAUUGUGCAAACCGUGCCCCACCCUGAGUGCAGGUGGACUCAGACGUUGGAACCCCCAUAACACAGGAAGGAGCAGGACCCCCUUCCUCUUGACCAGUCAAGCCUGCUUCUCUGGGCAGUUCUAGACCACACACUGAGACCCGGAAGCACCCAGGGCACAGAGUCCUCAUCAAGGAGGAACAGGCCCAGACAUGGGCGGUGCUCCACCUGGCCACACAGCACAUCAAUGGCUGAUGGGGCCCCUUGCCCCUCACCCUGGACACAGGAGAGGCAGUUCUCAGGGCCCUCGAAGUGCAGGCCCCAUGCCCUGCCCCUCACAGAGACCAAUACUGAAUCUAGUGUAAGAAGAUGCAUGCCAAAGGCGUGAGUCACUGGCUCACCCCAACUUCCUGGUUUGUGAAAAGCCUCCAGAUGGGCUGUGGGUGUGGCAAUCAGGAGAGGGAGGGCCUGGGAGGCCCCACAGCCCUGGCUCUCAGCAGGAUCCAGCAGUUUCUCUGCUGUGGCAGGACCCCAGCACGAGUUGAGAAUAACUGAGGACAGAACCCGAUGUCCCACAUCUGCCACCAGCGCCCUGUGUAACCUUGUGCCUUUCUGGGCCUCAGGCUCCAGAUUGGUGCAGGGUGGGGGCUAGUUCUGGGGCUCUAGGCCCUUCCCACCUAGACGGCUCGAGAGUCUGUUACUGUGCAGGGCAGUUUCUGUUAAGGUCACAGUGACAGGAAGGUAAAGAAGGAAGAUGCCUACAAAGCUGUGGGAAGUCUGAUGGCCCUUGGAUUCCUGAUAGAUGUAACCUCUGAUCACUGCUGCGGUGCAGAACUGCCUGGGUCCAGUGGAGGCCUUGAGAAGACAGGAGCCUCAGCGCUGGAGAACGCUGUCCUCUCACAAAGCACAUCUUUUCUCAUCUGGAGCCAUGGGCCUUUCUCCCUCAGUCUGAGUGUUCUGUCCCACCAACUUGGCGCAAGGGGCUCAGCACAGCGCCCCUGGGUCAGUGGCCCUUGCCCUGCGUGGGGCUGGGGUUCUGAGAAAAGCCUUCUGGAUCCUCUUGUCCUCCUGCCUGUGCUUGACCUCCACUUUUGACUGCAACCUCUUCCUGACAAGGAGCUGAGGACAUCCUGCUCCUCAGACAGUCCAUUGGAUUCAACCAAACCGUUGCAGGCCCAUCCACCUCCCUGCAGCAGGGUCAGCCAGGGAGACAGACGCCCGGCCUGAGCCUCCCUCCUGCUCCAGCUUCGCCUCCCACCGCUCGCUUGUCAGCGUGUGCCCUGUGCGCGCGGGUCCCCAGGUGGCUCCAGUGAUCCCGAAGUGUGCCCCCCCCCUCCUCAUCGAAAUCCCACCCACACGCAGCCUAGCCCAG